CCGAAUUCUCUAGAAAGUCAAGGAAAGAAAAUUCAGAAAGCAACCCUUUCAGCUGUCUGAGCCUUUGCUUUCAAUCCAAAUCACCCAUUUUUUGUCUCCAUUCAUUGUAUGCAUGCCACGCCACCCUCAAACCCACAUCCCAUCAUUCAUUUUUUCAAUAAAAACUGAUUUUUUUUCGCCUUCUUCAAUCUGUACAUCGUUGAAUUGUGUGUUUAUCGCUCUACUCGGUUUCUCUCUCUCUCUCUCUCUCUCUCUCUCUCUCUCUCUCAUAUUUUGCUCGGUAUAUGCUGCUGGCGGUACACAUUUUUGGUGCAAGAAAGAAGAUCUGAUCACGACGAGGUGAUUGCGAAGGAGAUCGCAAUUUUAAAGGUCGCUAUUUUCUGAAAGUUUAUUUAAAAAUUUGAUCUUGACUCAUUAUGGUGUGGUUUUGUGGCUUUUCUUGAGGAACUGAAAGAUGGAGGCUUGAGUUUGUUGAUGGGAUUUGUCUGCUUGAUUAGCUUAUCAUAGGGAUGCAACAUGCUCUCAGCGUGUGUCUUUUGGUGUGGUGGUUUGGCUUUGAUAUCUCUCUUGCUGCUGAUUAUGUGAUGGUUAGGGAUUGUAGAAAGUGAAAUGCAGUUUGCAAUAGAACUUGUGCUGUGUUUACACUCUUUGAUCAUCAUGAAUCUAAGAUCUUGUGCUAGCUAUUUAUCUCUGUGAAGAUGUGUCUGCAUUUAUAGAUGUGAAAUGUUUUGUGAAUGGAUUUUACAUAUUGUGCUUAAUAUGUUGGCUAGCUAUUUAUCUCUGUGAUAUGUGUCUUCGUAUUUGGAUGUGAGAUAUUUUGUGAAUGUAAGACCAUGACCUUAGAUCUUCAGUGGAUGAAGUUUUGGGAUGAUUUUGCUUUGCUUGCCGGUAUGAGAUCAUUCCUUGCUUCUUGAUAUUCUAUCUUAUACAGAAAACAGAUGUUAGAGAACAAGCAUCUUCAUGGAUUAUCUAUUUUUGCCCCUUGUUUCUUUUAAGUUGUGUGUAAGGUUGAGGAGGAGCUAGUUUCUCUCAAUUUUGUUCAUCUAUAGAGUGUGGGCAGCACUAUUGUAACCCCUUUCUUAAAGGAAUGAGGUUUUAUACAAGACUAGAUCAUGCGAUUACUUUGAAUGAUAGGAUAAAUUGAUAAAACAUAUGAUUGAGUAUUUGUGGGAUAAGAUGGUUAAACAAGUUCAAAAUCAAGCAAUCCAUCAAUGUAAAUGGUAUAUCAGCUUGGAUUAUUUUAUCCAUCCAUCUAUCAUUCAAAGUAAACGGCCCAUGUUGUUGUAUUACUUGAAUGGCGUGUUAGUUGGAAAUGAUGGUAUAACUUUGGACAAUUAGAGGGCUUGUGGUUUUAGCUCAAUUUCAACCUCUAUUUCAAUGAUACUAGGGAAGAACCAUCUAAGAUGUCUCCGUAGAUCCUGAUCCAAGUGUUAGUGUGGCGUGGAGUUUCUCAGCAUAUAGGACUUUCUCUUGUUUGUUACUAUUCUUGUAGAGAGUUACUUCUGUUCUGGAAUAUCAAGCUGCAGCUCUUUGGCACCACCCUUUGAUUUUAUGUUGUUUCACAGACAAAUUCUUUUUAGUAGGUAGCGAAUUCUUUUAGGACGUGAGUUAUUCCCUAUUCUGUAUGUGAAUCAAGUUUAAUUUCCAUUGGGUUUCUUUUUUGCUUCAGUCUGUUGUCUUUCAAUUUCGAGCCAUAUGCCUGAGGGACAGGGAAGUGAUAGUUAUGCUCUACAUUUUUACCUUGGAAACGUACGCGCAUAAGGUUGCUUAUUCAUUUAUCGAAUGUUUACCUCCUUGGAGUGUGUCAUCCCUUUGAGUGGGUCAGUUGGAUUUAUGCUGACUUAAUGGGCUAGCCUUACAUUUUAUUCUAUUUAAAAGUGGAGUAGUCGAUGAAAAUACCUACACGUUUGGGAGAGUUAGUGAAUUUCUGUUAAUUAUGCUGUGAGGAAAAGAUCACGAACCCUGAAAGGAGGUGGGUUUGUCCUCUCGAGGACUAGGAUAUAACACACUCAUCCCUGCAAUCAAUCUCUCAGACUUCAACCUUUUCUUCUUUUGACUUUAAAAGGGGCAUGAUUCAUUUUUCUACUGCUUUGACAAUAGGUUUUGAGCGAUCGAUUUUCCAGAAAUGGACAAUAUGCCCAGCUUGAAGAUUUGAAGUUCCGGAAUGCUGCAUGAUAUUUGUGUUGUUGGGGUUUCUUGUAAACCAAACUUGUUUUCAGGAAUUUCUCCUCCGUGUGCGAGGUUUCGUGAUUGGAGCUGUUCAACCUUAGUUGGAUUUUAUUGUUGCUGAUUCUGUUGCUAUGGAGCAAACGUGCAACAGAAGCUGCACGAUCUUGAGGUUUUCGCCCGUCUGGAGGGCGACUAGAUUAGAAAACGUAAAUAGGAUUAGGCUCUUCCUAAAUAUUUUUCUGAAUGCAGGUGCUUUGCUCAUUUAUCAGCUGCUAGUUAGUUGUUAUUCCUCCAUCCAUACAAUUCAAUGGCGUCUGCGGCUGUUGAAUAUUCUGGCACAACAUGUGUCGAGCGUCGUGAUUUGGAACUGCAGCGUUCGCAUGAAGAACACAUUGCAGAGAAUGAGCUGACGACCCUGGGAAAGAUCGCUGGUACUGAAAGAUUAGAUGAAGGGCACAUGCAAUACGGAUGUUCCCACUAUCGUCGGAGGUGUCGCAUUAGAGCUCCGUGUUGUAAUGAGAUCUUCAGUUGCCGUCACUGUCAUAAUGAGGCAAAGAAUAGUAUUAGCAUCGAGCAGAAGCUCAGACAUGAUAUCCCUCGCCACUCGGUUGAGAAGGUCAUAUGUUCACUUUGUGAUACUGAACAGGAGGCUCGACAAGUUUGCGAAAAUUGUGGUGUAUGCAUGGGAAGAUACUUCUGUGGCAUUUGCAAGCUGUUUGAUGAUGAUACAUCUAAAGAGCAGUACCAUUGUAAUGGUUGUGGCAUUUGCAGGAUUGGGGGCUCCAAGAAUUUCUUCCACUGCAACAAAUGCGGUUGCUGUUACUCCGCGCUUCUGAAGAGCAGCCAUCCUUGCGUGGAGAGGGCAAUGCACCAGGACUGUCCCGUUUGCUUCGAGUAUCUAUUUGAGUCGAGAAAUGACGUCAUUGCUCUGCCCUGCGGGCACACCAUUCACAAGGCCUGCUUGGAAGAGAUGCAGGAGCACUAUCACAGGUACGCUUGCCCCAUCUGCUCGAAGUCCGUGUGUGAUAUGUCGAAAGUGUGGGAGAAGUUUGAUUUAGAGAUUGCUGCCACACCGAUGCCACCAUAUUGUGAAAACAAGAUGGUGUGGAUUCUGUGCAACGACUGCGGGCGCAACUCCGAGGUGAAGUAUCACGUCGUGGCGCAUAAAUGUCCCGACUGCAAGUCGUACAACACGCGCCAGACGAGAGGGCUCGGAAGAUAGGUUAUCUGUAGCUGCGCGAUGAAGGCAAUUGGUGUUGCCGGGAGCAUGCCGAAGGGGGGUGUUCCAGGCACCCGUCUUAAACGACGUCGUUUGUUUUUUCGUUCCGUGUUUGUUAAAUACGAGUCAUCUUUUUUUCGAGUUAAUGAAAUGCAGAUGUGCCGAUGUCUUUUUUAUUAUAGAGAAUGAAUAAUGGGUUUUCAUUUUC